CAGUUAACACCCUCGAACUGGUCUCAAACUUCGGCAGCAGCCAAGCUGCACAGUCGAUAUGGCGACCGAUUUAAUAACGCAAUAUUUUCCUAAAGACAUAAAUCUUCCAAGUGUUUUGGAAUGAGAUUUGUCAGGCGACAUGAUGCGCAUCCACGAUGUGUGACAACGUUUGAAGAACAAUUAAGUUCUGAAGAAAAAUCUUGAUUCCAGUGGAAUCUUCCAUAUAUUUUUUUCUUUGUAAAAAAACUGUCCAGUGAUGCCUGUGCAAGCCCCACAAUGGACGGAGUUCCUGCUGUGUCCCAUCUGCACGCAGACGUUCGAGGAGACGGUGCGGCGGCCCAUCUCACUGGGCUGUGGCCACACCGUCUGCAAGAUGUGCCUGAACAAGCUACACCGCAAAGCCUGCCCCUUUGACCAGACAGCCAUCGCCACCGACAUCGAGCAGCUGCCGGUAAACACAGCCCUACUGCAGCUUGUGGGGGGACAGGUUCCCAAGGUUCAGCCGGUGGCCUUGAUCACCAGUCCAGAGGACUCGCUGCACUAUGAGGAGGCUAGGCAGUGUGUAGAGGAGCUGGCCCUCUACCUCAAACCCCUCAGCAACAACAGAGGGGUGGGUCUAAGCAGCACAGCCCAGAGCAUGCUGAGUCGGCCCAUGCAGAGGAAGCUGGUGACCCUGGUCCACUGUCAGCUGGUGGAGGAGGAGGGCCGGGUGCGGGCCAUGAGGGCAGCCAGGUCUCUGGGGGAGCGCACGGUCACAGAGCUCAUCCUACAGCACCAGAACCCCCAGCAAUUGUCAUCCAACUUGUGGGCCGCCGUCCGUGCCCGGGGCUGCCAGUUCUUGGGCCCAGCCAUGCAGGAGGAGGCUCUGAAGCUGGUGCUGCUGGCUCUGGAGGAUGGCUUGGCCCUGUCCAGGAAGGUUCUAGUGCUUUUUGUGGUCCAGAGGUUAGAGCCACGCUUCCCCCAGGCCUCCAAGACCAGCAUAGGCCACGUGGUGCAGCUCCUCUACAGGGCCUCCUGCUUCAAGGUGACGAAGCGCGACGAGGACUCGUCCCUGAUGCAGCUGAAAGAGGAGUUCAGGACGUAUGAGGCACUGCGGCGCGAACACGACUCCCAGAUUGUGCAGAUCGCCAUGGAGGGCGGCCUCCGCAUCGCUCCCGACCAGUGGUCCUCCCUGCUCUAUGGGGACCAGUCCCACAAGUCCCACAUGCAGUCCAUCAUCGACAAGUUGCAAACGCCAGCGUCGUUUGCCCAGAGCGUUCAGGAGCUGACCAUCGCCUUGCAGAGGACGGGCGACCCCGCCAACCUUAACCAGCUCCGACCACACCUGGAACUACUGGCCAACAUCGACCCUAGCCCCGACGCCCCCCCUCCCACGUGGGAGCAGCUGGAGAAGGGUCUGGUGGCGGUGAAGACGGUGGUCCACGGCCUUGUGGACUUCAUCCAGAACCACAGCAAGAAGGGCGCCGACCCUCAACAGCCUCCCCAGCACAGUAAAUACAAGACGUACAUGUGUCGGGACAUGAAGCAGAAGGGGGGCUGUCCCCGAGGAGCCAGCUGUACCUUCGCCCACUCUCAGGAGGAGCUGGAGAAGUACCGUAAGAUGAACAAGCGUUUGGCGGCUCGCCUCCCUGGCUCAUCCGGCCUGCUGUCGGAUGACUGUCUCCCUCUGGACAUGGGGGUAACCCGGAAACCCUCGCCCCUUACCAACGGCUCGGCUGGACACCCCAUGCCCCAGCUCAUCACCCGCGGCACGGACGCCGUGACCUACGACCUGUUGUGCAAGCCCAAGAUGGACGGCGGGAGCAGCAGCUCCCCGGGAUCGCCCCCUGACUCUCUGGAUUCGGGGCCCAAACAAGGGUUCCUCCAGCCCCCCCUUGCCAUGGGCCACCCCAGGGUGCCAGGGGACCCCAUGCCCAAACAGAUUCCCGUAGGUGUGAUGCCCCGGGGGCCUCAGAUGUACCCCCAGCAGCUGCCUGACAUGUACUACUCCGACUCACGCCCACUGCCCUCCGCCUCCCAGUACGAGCCUUCGCAGUACCCCCAAGGAUACCCCUACCAGCAGCCCCCCCAGUACUCCACCCAGCGCUACAUCCGAAGCCUCCCUACCCCCAGCGAGCCUGCUGGACCCCCCUACCAGGACCGCUAUCCUGGCUAUGGCCCUCCCGAGCGCCCUUACCCAGCUCCCCACUCCACCCCCCCCUACUCCUACCUUCCCCACUAUGACACCCGGGGCCGCCACGGCCCUUACCCUGGCCCCCAGCCAUACCCCUCGCAGAGGGACGACAUGGUGCGGAUGAGCCCUGCUCCCCUGGACGUGCCCCCUAACCACCUCUACCACCAGGAGCAGGUGACCAGGGAGAGGUACCCCCCAGAAGGAUACUACCCAACUGGGGCCCAGCCCCAAUCUAUGAGGUCCAACGUCAGGGAGCAGUACAGACGCUCCUCCCAGCCCAGCCUGGACUACCUGCACCACCGCCGCAAGGAGCUGAUGGCCCAACUAGAAGAGAGGAAGGUCAUCUCCCCACCACCCUUCGCUGCCUCCCCCACCCUUCCCCAUGCCUUCCCUAGUGACUACCCCCCAGAGUAUGGGGAGGAAAGCUCCAAAGCCUUUGGGAAGUGCAGGGAGCCGGACUACGCGGGCCAGUAUUCUCCCUGGUCCUGUGACACUAUCGGCUCCUAUAUUGUCACCAAGGACGCCAAGCCCAAAGACAUCAUGGUGCCCGGUGCCAUGGAGAUGAUGAAUGUGGAUGGUAAAGGUCUACGGGGGGAGCCCUCCAUGGAGGCCCAGGCCAGGCGGGGGGCGGAGGUAAAAGACGACGACCCCAUCAUCCCCUUCGGCCCCCAGCCCACCGUGUCGCGCUUCGGGGCCAUCUCACGCACCUCCAAGACAGGCUACCAGACGACAGGCCCCGUGCAGGCCAUGGCCUCCGCCCAGGGACCCAAGCACAUGGCCGCAGAGUUCUCCUAUGGGCAGCACGGAGGCUGGGGCAGCGCCUCCUACCCCUCCCACCAGACUGGCUCCUCCUCUCAGGGACACUUCAGUGAAAAGCUGCCUAUGCCAGCUCAGGACAGAGAGCAUCUGAAGAUUGAGCUCCAACAGGUCAACCAGCAGAUCACCCAACAGACCCAGAUCCAUGGCAUGGAGAGGGAGGUCAGUGCCCUGGCGGCCCAGCCCUCCCAACCAUGUGAGAAUCAGGGCCAGCAGGGGAAGUGGCCCGGUCCAGCGGGGGUUUCCAGCAACGCUGCCUUGGUGUCCAGCGAACAGCUCAGCAUGGAGCUGCACCAGGUGGAGAGGGAGAUUGGCAAGAGGACCCGCCGGAUGGCCAUGGACAGCCAGGUGGCUCAUGAAGUCCAGUACAAGAUGAAGUCUGCACAGAAUGGCCAGCAGGACCACAAGACCCAGCUGGAGGAGAUUGCUCUGGCCCUCGGUGAGGUAUCUAAUGGCUCCAGCGGUCUAGGUCAGGACGGUGGUGUGGGCGGAGCCAUGUUGUCACUGACCAAUAAAGCGUCUUCGCUCAGCCUGUGUUCUGAGCCGGGGCCCGGGGUCUCAGAGCUGCAGAAGAACGGUGUGGUCCAUUCCUGCUCCUAGACCACACACACACAACACACACUCAGACACUGUGGUGGUAAACAUACAGACAGAAGAUGAGCAGUAUCUGCUGUGAUAGGAGUUUUUCUUUCUUUUUUUGUUCUGUGAAUGACUUUUUUUUUUUUUUACUUUCAUUGCCUGGAAACCAGGGCAUUUGAUAACAUUUAUUUCUUUGUUUUGUUUUCUCUUACAUGGGACUAGAAACAAGCCUCUCAAAGUAAUGGAAAAGCAGAUGAUGAUGAUGAUGAUGAUGAUGAUUGUUCAGAGGGCUAUCCCCCUACAUAGGCAUCACAUACCAAGACCCAUUGUAGAUCGAUCGCUAGAGUAUUUCUCAAUUUUCCCCCUCUGUAUCUUUGUUCCCAUUACGAGGCACAUUAAGGGUAAGCAGCUUGCAGGGACCUUAAGACCAAAAUACUAAAUCAAGUUAUGCUCAUAUGUACUACAUAAAGGUAUCAUAAGUCUUGGUGUUUACGACAGUUAUGUCAGCGGUCGUACGCAUCACAUAAGUAUCUGUUAUAAUCCAUUAUCGACUGAUAUGACAGUUGUUGAUAGUUUCCGAUACCUUUGACAGCUUACGAAGGCAAUUAUAACCAACAUUUAGUCAGUGUAGUAACUGUUCCGUUCGCGUUCAGUAAUAUAAGUGUUGUAACCGGUAGUGUUCAGGAAUACACCACCCUCAGAAUCGUAAAACGUGGUUGACCAGAUGAGGGAGGCCAGGGAAAGGGAGAGUGAAAAUGUUCCGCCAACCUUCAGAGCCAAACGAGACUAGGCCGCUUCAAGCCACAUGAGACCACGUGAGACCACAUGCCGCCAUGAGACCACAUGAGACCACAUGAGACCACAUGAGACCACAUGAGACCACAUGAGACCACAUGAGACCACAUGAGACCACAUGAGACCACAUGCCGCCAUGAGAAGUCUGAUUUUAUUAGUGCAUUUUAUGAAUACAUCAUAUGUCUGUUUCAUACUUGAAAAGCAGUAUAUUAUUAACCAAAGCAUUCUGUUUUAAAGAUUGCAAAAUUAAUCUUUUUGAUAAUGAGCUAUCCUCAUGUUUUCUAUAAGGGAACCUACUAUGUGCUUCUCGUGGGAUGUGGUGUGACUUGCUGCUGGCUGUGGAAAUGUCUGGAAUUCAAUCAAACCUGCAGUGUGGAAAAUGCACUCUCAAGAGAGUGUAAUAAGUGUUAAGUUAGCACAGAUCUAGAAAACAUGCAUUUUCACGUUGUAGGAACAUUUUCCUCGGUGCAAGAUGAAUUGAUGUGUGGAAUCAUAUGGGGUGAUAGUUUUUAUCUUCCUCAGAACUCCUCAUCUGGUUAUCAAAAGACCUCCCCAUUGGGAUUAUCUUGUCAUUGGUUCUCUUUAACUUCUAUGAAGUUACUUUCCCUUUUUUCUUUCUCUCGCUCACGUAAAUCGCGCUUAAAGGGCUGUGGACUACCUGAACGCUGGCCCGUUAUUGGAGGGGAAGUGAGAAAUGGAUUAAUAUGCACAAAAAAAAAUCUCAUCAUUGUCUUAAUACAUGUAGAAAGUGGCUGUAGUCUGCCAAACAAUAAUUUAAAUGGUUUGUGCGUCUCAAUCAUCAACGAAAGAAUAGCGAAUUGUCUUUAAAAAAAUAAUUUUGUCAUCUUACGAGCUUACUUAAAAAAAAUCCUUCUAUUCCAUUUGUUUUUAACCACAUACUAUUAGUUCAUUUUAGAACAAGUCAGGAUCGAGACACACAUUCAGUGGAUUCAAGACCAGAAUCUCGGACCACAACCUGGCGAGGUUUAAAGCAAGCAGCCAGAAAGUCUUGCCCCUCAAAAAGCCUCUGCCCAAAGUUUUCCCAACCUUCAAUUUGAAUAGUUUUAGUGCGAACCUUCAUGAUAUUUUUCACAAUAUAGUUUUAUAGUAUUAUUAUCAUCAUUAUCAUUACAUUAUUUUUGCUUUCCCUGUAAUGGAAAUUGUUGGUGCUCGUUAAGGAGCGCUCUGCCUUUUGUAAACAAUCCUCAUGAUUGGCCAUCGAAAAGAGCUCUGCUGAAAUGCAAAAAGGUGGGUCCUAGUGCUCAAACGGUUAACGAUAAGGAUAGAGGUGACGAUCAGGGUUCAUAGUUUGGGGGGGGGGGGGAUUUCAGGUUUUUGUCUGGGUUAUAGGUGUGGGGGGGGUAAUGGAAAUUAAGGUUGGGGGCAAGGGUUUUCGUUUUUUUCCAACCACACUUCAAGCCUCAGUCUGCUCUUUAAUACAUUUUAUUGUUUAGGUAAACAACUCACUUAUACAUAUGAGUAUGUAUACAUACAUUAAUAUACUAAGCACUAUUAACGUGCCACCUCUUAUUCUACUCGCUCAGCAUUUAUAUUAAAUGAUCUCUACUUAGAAUCAGCUAAAUGUUAUUUUUUCCCUGUCCACUGGUUGCCAACACAGACUUUAUCCUUACCCAGUUGAAGGACUUCUGUGCGCAUUGAUGUGUAUUCACUUAAUCUUUUUGUGUUCAAACAAAUAAGUUCUAUAUUGAAAUAUGCUUCCGAAAGAAGACUCAUUUUAAUGAUGAAAAUUGAAGUUUUUUGUUGUUGUGUGUGCUAGGUUGUAUUGUAGAAAAGGUACACUAUGGAUUUUUUCAAAGUGAAGUGCGCUGUACUGGGUGACGGUGUGGAAAUAUUAGAAAUGUGAUGUUUUUUUUGGUUUUUUUAGAGGUAAGCCGGGUAAGCCUUUAAUUUAGUCAAAGGCUUGCUUCUCAAGGAAUACUCCUCGGCAUCCACGCCAACAGUAAGAUCAUUUGGAAGCACACUAACCAAAUUAAAAGCGAUUUGAAUUGGCAUGCAUGUUUUUUCUCUUCACCUGUCAGUCACCUUUUGUCAUAUAACAAAACUUGUUUCUGCUGGCAAAAUGUCACUGACUAGUUGGGUUUGUAGUUGUUUUUGUUCCUGUCGUUGUUGAGUGAAAAAUCACUGACUUCCAAGUCUGACGGUGAUCUAUGUAUCGCCUCAAGGCAAAGCAUCAUGUUGUCCAGGGAAACUCAAACGCAGCAUCGCUCUCAUCCACACACAGGCUUUUUUUGUUUCAGAAUAGUCAUGAAAAUUAGCUUGCCCACACUUGUUAAUUCUGCUUAAGGAAAUACUAUCAAGGUCCCUCCAGCCAUGACCCUUAAAGAGUGAGUUCACUCCAAGUUUUGUCCAAUGUUUUCAGAUCUCAACAGUGGUCUAAUGUUGACAUGAGGCUAGCCUCUUUUUGAGUGAAAUACUUAAACACUCGUCUCUAACAUGUAGGCUCAGCAUGCCCAAACAGUCCCAUUACAAGUCAGAAUAUUGAACAAACUCCAUUUCAACUUACUUUACUUGUUGUCUGCUGAUUUUGUCCCUAAAUUGGACAUAAUCUGAUACAAAAUAUCCACAGGGAAGUUUUAUCAACCCGACCUUCAGUACGCAGGUCUGUAUAUCGGUUUGUUAUUCUGGUUUUAUUUUCCAAUACUGAUGCAGUUCGCACGUUACAGACACUUGCACAAUAUGGCCAAACCGAACAGACAUAGAACGGCAAACACUUCCAGCUGAUUGCACGUUCGGUCGACUAUAUUCGGUUACAUUAAGCUAUUGUUUUACAUAUUGUGCAUCACGUGCAAUGCGUCAAGAGAUUGAAAAUACAAGCGACAGAAUGUACCAGCGCCGCAAAAAGUCGGGUAAACAAGACUUUCCUGUGGAUACCAUAUCUCCACCACCUACCACCAAAAGGACCAAACAGGAGAGUAAGUGUAAAUAUAAUUUUCUUCAUUCUGGUUUAUGGACUAUUGCGUCUCUUUUAGGGGGACUUGGUCAAACUGAAAAUCUAUCGAGUAACCAUGGUAACAGUUUGACAUUUAGGCAAACAUGAGCUCGCAUUCCAUGACGUCUGUGGUGUAGAUCCAGCUCUAAGCCUCAAUCCCAAAACCAAUGGCAAAGAUGGGCCUUCUAAUUCAGUGCCUAUUUUUUUCUACUCAUUGGGUUUAGGCAUAUAGCUGAAUAAACACUAGAUGGGGUGGGAUGUAGACUCAAAUCAACAUUAAACCACUUGAGGUCUUAAAUGUGCAACAAACUUUGAUUUGAGUGAGCUGGCCCUUUAAAUUCCAUAGCUGAGGAGAAGUAACAAGGAUGUGGUUUUUGGGAAGAGCAAUGAUUAUGUUCAUGUCAGUCGCCUGCUUUCAUUUGUUUCUGAGUUAAACUGCUGCCUACCCCUUCUUCACACAGCCAACUCUCCCCCGAAUCACAAUAGUGUUACUGCUGUUUUGGGCUCACAUUUUAAUUUCAUUAUUCUUUUUGAAAAACACAAUGGCUUUUUUAUAUGAUUACUUCCUUGUAAUAUAUCUCUUAAAUUAAGGUACAGGUUUGAUUUCAGCAAGAAAAAAAGUUUUUAUAUGUACAUUAUACUCCAUUAAGGAAUGUUUAGAAUUAUCUUCCUCCAAUGUGGAUGUAGACAUUAUUACGCCAUUUUAUGACCUUGUAAGAGAAUUCACUGUGUGAAAAUUGGUUUGCAUUUUUGUAUAAUACAAUCUGCUUUAUUUUUGUUUGAUAUGAGAGUUAGGUCAAACUGGAAGUUUGAAGAGAGAAAUUAACCUGUGAAAUUGAGAAAUAAAAUAAAAAUAACUUAUGUACAACAGUGAUUCAAUGCUGAGGGAGAAGGAUUAAAUGAUAUUGCUAACUCUGC